AUGAUACCUUCGGCAGGCCGUUCAGCACGGCUACCAAGACGCAUCUCACAGGUCCAAUGGCUUCGCCGACCGUUGCCAGUUCGUCGGGCUUUUACGACUUCGCUCAUCCGACAACAUGAUCCUAAAGGCCCUGUCGAAAAAGUGAAACCAGAGGAUUCAACCACUCAACCCCAUCUUGAAGAGAAACUUGCACAAUCAGGUAGAGAAGCAAAAGCCAAUGGAAGGGUAUCGAGGCUAGCUGCCUUAAAGAAGCGUGGCCGAGGUGACCAGGCUAAGAGUGACAGCACUCGGACCGAACAGCGAUACAUCCUCGGACAGUCUGCAGACCAACCAAUUCGAACUCGCUUUGCGCCCUCGCCUACUGGUUACCUGCAUCUGGGAUCUCUGAGGACGGCUCUGUUCAACAAUCUAGUGGCCAAGGCGACAAAGGGGGGCGAGUUCAUCAUACGGAUUGAGGAUACCGAUCAGAACCGUCUAGUACCCGACGCUGAGGAGCGCGUCUUCAAAGACCUCGAAUGGGCUGGUCUCUCCUGGACUGAAGGCCCCGACAAGGGCGGUCCCUAUGCUCCAUAUCGUCAGUCAGAACGCCUUGGCAUCUACAAAGAGCAUGUCAAGACACUAGUAGACAACGGUUCUGCCUACCGCUGCUUCUGUAACUCUGAAGUUCUGGAAGCGCAGAAGCGCGCCCUCCACGACGCCGGCAAGUCGACCGCCUACCCGGGGACAUGCCGCUCCAUCCCCCGCUCCGAGUCGGACGCCCGGGCCGCGGCCGGCGAGGAUCACGUUGUUCGUCUCGACUCUGGCCGUUUCGGGACGCCUGGGUUCAAGGACGCCAUCUACGGGCCCUUCCAGAAGAAGGAGCCCGAGGAGGAUUUUGUUCUCAUGAAGACUGAUGGAUAUCCUACGUAUCAUCUUGCAAAUGUGGUGGAUGACCAUCUCAUGAAUAUCACACAUGUCAUCCGUGGCGAGGAAUGGCUCAUUUCCACACCAAAGCAUCUGGCUCUCUACGAAGCUUUCGGCUGGAAGCCUCCCACCUUUGCCCAUCUAGGCCUCCUUAUUAGCAACGACGGCUCCAAGCUCAGCAAGCGAAACGAUAGCGUCAAUCUCUCGACAUAUAUGGACCAAAAGAUCUUCCCCAUGGCUCUCCAGGCUUGGCUCGCCAACCUGGGUGCCUCGUUCAAGAGGGGAGCCUCGACGCCGCGUACCCUCGACGAUGUCGCCGAAGCUCUGACCUUCAAGUUCACCCGUGGCGGCAUCAAGCUCAACCCCCAGAAGCUCGACUUCUUCCAGCACGAGUACCGCAACCUCCUCUUCAAGACUCCCCUAGCAGAGCAGACGCCGCGUGAGCAAGCCCUCAUCCGGGAGAACUUACUCAAACCCCUCGUCGAUGAGGUCCUCGCCCUUACUGCCUCAUCUGUGUCCGACCCUGUUGGAUACAAGCCUAUCCAGCCCCGCGGCACCUCCCUCAUCUGGCCCGCCCCCCUAUCCCCCGUCUUGGCCAUGCUCUCCGAAGAUUCCCAGCAACCGUACGCCUUUGAGGUUCUUUCCCAGGAGACCGCCCGCUACGGCAGUGCCGCCGAGAUAGCUCGCCAACUUCCCUAUUUCUUCUGGCGUCCUCCCCCGGCCGUCUACCGCGCUGCUCUGGCCUCCGACCCUAUCCGCCAUGACUUACUUCACCUCGUCAACGACACCGUCAAUGGAUCGCUCGACGCAUGGGAACUGGUUCUCGAUCAUCUCCUGGAGCGUGUACCCUCGGACCAGGCGCCCGAUCUGCAUGCCAUCCUCCGUCUCAUCGCCAUAGGCAGCCCGCACGCCGUCGGCAAGACGUCUCGCAUACUAUUCAGCGUGCUGGGCCAGGAGGAGUGGCGUUCCCGUACCGCCAUUGUGCGUAAGCUACUCGAUGAGCUGGACCAGGGCGGGGACGACCUCCGUCAGACAUGGCUGAACCAAUCUGCCAGUCUAACACCCGCCGCUUAG